AGACGGUACGUUUAAAAUAUGGUCUGAAUUCUGUAGGGAUAAUACGUGGCGCUGAUUGUACUAUGGGAUUGAGAUCUGAAGUUAGACACUUACUAUAUCUGAAACUACCUUCAGAUUCUAUAAACUAACGAAAACAGAAUAUUAUGUAGGUGGUGAAAAGAAUUAAACAACGUUUAAAAAUAUUAAAAAAAUAGUAAAAAAAGAAUACAAAAAAUCAUGGUGAAAACUUGUUGUAUUUCUGGAUGUAUAAGUGGUUCUUUAAAAGAUUGUGGAAUUCGUUCAUCUCAAAAUAUAAAACAAACAAGUAUCUUUGGAAUACCAAAGGACGCUACGCUGCUAGCACAAUGGUCUUCUAUUUUGAACAUGACUUUAACGAAACAUCAUUGUAUCUGCGAUUAUCAUUUUAAAGAAGAAGAUAUUGUGAAAUCGCGGAAGAUUGAUUAUUCAGAUGGAAUAAUCAAAGAAUAUGAAUUGAAACGGUGGACCCUAUUGCCAAAUGGUGUACCAGUUAACCUACAGCCAAGACAAUAUGAUAUUGAAAAGCCAACCAUCAAUGUGCAAAAGCCUUUUCAACAGUUGGACAAUCGUAUUAACAUUAGAAAAAAACCAGCGUCAACAUCAAUCGAAAAGAUCUCGCCUUUGCCGAUAAAAAUCCGAAAAAUUGCAAGUUCUGACGAUAAACAUCCACAAUUUAUUUCACAUAAAACAUCAUUAAAUAGUAUACCUGAUCAACUAGUAGACAAGAUGCAAAUUGCUGUGAACAAUGUAGAGACAAGAUUUGAUGCAGAACAAGUUUUUUUAAAUGAAAUUGAUUCAAACAAUACUCCUAAGAACAUUAAGGAAUUGUUGGACUCUUUUUUGAGUGUGAUGCCUGAGUAUUGGUAUUAUAUACUUCAUGAUAACCAAUUAGUACUUGUUUAUACUAAUCCCUUUAGGGAAACCGAAAAACUUCGCGUUUUUAUACAAGAUGAUUUUUCAGUAAUGGUUUCAUUCAAGAAGAAAAGACAACUCAGCUUAAACUUGAAAGUUACUACUUCUGCAGAUCUUUCUAAGCUUCUUGAAGAAGUGAAGCGAACACCCGUUUGUGAAGGAACAGGAAUUGAAGAAACGAGCGUCUCUGGAAAUUAUCCCGGUCUCAUUCUGAACAAUUAUAAACGGCUACCACGGAAUCCGAGAUGUUUUGCAUGCCGCACUCUUCGUGAUCGACUCUUCACUAAAGCAGCUAGACAGUGUACUGCUGCAAAUAAAAGAUACAAAUCUCAAAUACCUCUGAAACGACUUAAAAACAAAUGUAAUUGCUUACAGAAAAAGGUGAACUAUCAUCGAAUGUCUUAUUAAUUUCAGAACAAUGCGAAUUUAUUCCAAAAACUUUAUCUUUAAAACUUCAAGCAAAAAUAUGUUUUUUAAAAUUGUACAUAAUAUUAUUUCUCUACGCUAAAGCUAUAUAUAGCACAUAUAUGUAGGUGUAUCAAUUGUUCAUAUGAAAUAAAUUGCAAAUAAAAAAUUAAAUAUGCAAUCGGAAUUUCCACAAAUAUAAAUGUUUGAUCUAAUUAUAUCGCUAUAAUUAUUAUAUUAAUUACGGAUAAAAUUCAAUAUUUAAUUUUAAUCAACCAAAAUAUUUUUUUAUACUAUUUCAUUAUUGUUACAUGAUUCUACUUUUUUUUCAUAUUAGAAUAUAUGUAUUAUCUAAACCAAAUAAAUAGCUAAAUAAUAAAGUUAAUUUAACGAGA